AUGGCUGCCAUGCCCCUCUCGUCCCCGACACACCCCAGCUCCUCAUCGUCAAACUCCUCCUUUCACACUGCACUAAGAUCACCAAUGUCAGUCACGGACGAAUCUGCGAAAACCUCGGCAACACCGAAGCCUAGCUAUCGAAGGCCUGUGCAGGUGAAGGCAGAGGUCAAAGAACACUGUCAUAUAUACUUAGACGAGCAGAUAUAUUCUACUGCCUUAACUCUGCUCAAUGAUCUCGUUGUUACAGGUGCAUCUCAUCCCGAGCAUCAAGACAGACCAACUGUCGUGCCAGAUCCUCAUCACAUAGAACUAGCCUGCGCUCUUCUGAUCCAUCCCCGACCUACCUCUCAAGAAGCCACGAAUGUUUCUCUACCAUCUCAGUCCAUACUUUUCCUCCGGAACGUUCUAAUACACCAAGGUUCCCGGAACGCAAACCUAGGCGAAGCUUUCUCCUUCUCUUCCCUCGUCAAUAAUAGGAAGUCUCGCUCGAAUCGGAUAAGACACGAGGACCGAUCCAGCGGCUCUGAUACAGAGGACAAGCAGGGGCAGGUCAAUGGGAUUGUCGCAAACAAUGGCAGGAUGCGCAGGUGUGCCAGGGACUUCUGGCACAUGGUUGGAUGGGCUUUCAACUGCAGUGUGAGAUUUCCUAGGAGGUGGAACUUGUGGAAGGUGUGGUUGGACUUUAUGCUGGAUGUUUUGGAGCACGACUGGACGGAGCGGGAGCAGGAAGAUCUAGCCGAAGAUGAUUGCUGGAAGCUGCGGCGGCAGUCGCUGCUUGUCAAAUACCUUGCGGAUGCUGUCAACAAGUCUCAUGCCGUGAAGCGAAUUGUCAGAUCUGCAUUUGCAGAUGGAGAUGCCGAAAGCUUGAAAGACUUCCCGGAGGUAUUCUUUAACGAAACUCGGAAGCCAAGAUAUGGGCAGAAGAGGAAAAGAGAUGAUCCGCUGGGCGAAAUGUUUGGUUCCUACAACAACGAAGAUGAAGCAGAAUUUGAAUCGGAUAAUACUCCUGAAUCGUCCCAAGAAGCCGAUGAGAUUGAAAACAUGUCAGGUAAGAUCUGGCUAGGAGACAUGGAAUCUACGGCACUUCGACAACGUGUCAUUAUGCUGCUAUCACGAGUAUCUGCUUACCUGCCUGAGUGCUUUGCCGACUGCGUUGACGUCUACGAUGAGAUUUACCAGUGCACCGUCCGGCUUCCUCUGCCAGCGUUCACUCAGUUCACGUCAACUGCCGACUCGUCCCAGAUGCCCUCCUUCGUCUUUGUCACGCUUGCCCAACUUCUCCUUGUUCGGCUCUUACCCCUAAGUGCUCCACGGCCGCAAACUAUCGAAGAUCGAAGCGAUGACGGCGUAACACAAGUAAUGCUGGAGCGGUGCUUCCUACCUUUCGCUUCUUCAAAUACUUCGGUUGCAGAUAAUGCUCGUGUCUCAAUCCUUGCCGAGAACUUCUUCCGGUGUCUCGUAAAAACAGGUGGGUGUGAAUUUACCCAAAGCCUGAAAGCAGCCGUGGAAAAGGGUAUAAUGGCACGGGAGAACAAGAUCAAAGGAGAUAGGAGGAGAAGGGAGCCCGAGCCAAGGAACAAGACGGAAGAAGGCGAGUUGUUUGCGUUGAAGGCGAGUGGGCAGAGGAUGAGAUGUCUGCUUGCAGUGUUGAAGCAAUAUAGAGCUGAUUGA